CAAAUGUGUUUCCAUCUCUGCUUUUGCGCAUUAACUCUAUGACAGGAUGGGGGGAAAUUGGUCUUGGCAGAGGUUUGCACUCUCCGAGUGCUUGUAGUUUAUACAAUGUAGUUGUGUGCACUACUUUUUUCCUCUUAAGUAUAAUAAACACAAAAUGAAAAUGGUUAAUUUUACGUAUUUGCAACUCCUCCCUGCAUCUACAUAUUACAAAGAUGAAAGAUGAAUUUUAUGUUUUUUUUGUGUGUGUGUGUGUGUGUGGGUGUUUUUUCCAGUGUAUAUAAAACAUUAUUGCUGUUCCUCAGAAACGAACAUAAUAAGAGGGUUAAAAUAUUUAUGAAAUCAUGUGAUGUUGUCGUUCACAUUUGUCUUGUUGUGUUACAUGGUAGUUGUUAUAGUUAUAGGGUGUUGUUAUAGGGCAGUUAGGCUUUUUUGAACAUGUGUAUCAGUCUCACUUCCUGUCCACAUGAACAGGUCCAUGGCCUCCCUGUACAGUGACCCUAAGUGGAGCUCCAACAUGGAGGAUGCUGUGUCCAAACUAUCAGGUUCUGGGGUUGAGUUAAAACAGGCUCUGGCCUGGGUGGGUGAAAAAACUAAAGAGGAAAACUUCUCUCUCACUGAUAUUUGGGGAGUUCUUACCACUGCUGGGGUCAUGAAACAGAUGAAUGAACGGCAGCUCUCACAUGAGGUCGACAGGGACGUCACCAAUCCAUACCCUAUCUACUGUGCUGUAGAGAAGCACAGCUUCUCAAAUGGGCCUUUCAAAGGAAAAUGGUUUGAAGUAAGCCCCCAUGAAGCAGGAUUCACAGAGUUAGGCCUCUUUGUUGAAACGUCUCUCCUGGGCAGCAAAUUCAAGAGUGGAAAACUGCUGGAGAAGAAGCCAGAGAUGGACAUUAUCCAGUUUCAAGGCAUUUUUGGCAGUGCACUGGCUAACGAGGAGACAGUCAAAAAAAAGCUGCAUGCAAUUGGAAACAUUGAUGCUGCUACUGAAAAGUAUCUACAUGCACGCAAAGUAUUCAAUAACUUGAUAUGUCUGUUCAGAAGCACCAUUGAGGACCCUAUAGCACUGUCGGAUUUGGAUCAACUGCAAAAAAUUCUACAAGACAAGUGUAGUUGUAAUGACUCCGUGGAGCUAAGAUCUAAAUGCCCAAAGGAAAAAGAAAGUCUGCUCCAGCAGCUGAACCGGGAUCUGCUGGUAGCAGUUCAGACCUGGAGCCAAGGAUUGGAGGAUGGAGGCUUCAAAAGCCACGUUUCUUUUAUUACGGAGCAUCUCAUUCCUCUUAUAAUAAAAUGGGAGUGGGGAACAAUCAACAACUUCCUCUACCAAUACCAAGAUUCCUCAGUUCCCCCUUACCUCCAGUCUAAAGAACAGUUUCACCUGAUGGAUGCUGGGCUGCUGAUCAAUGUGCCUUACCCUUCAUUUCUGGGGGACAAGAGAGACAUUGAUCUGAUUAUUGCUCCAGAGUACAGCGCUGGAAACAUGUUUGAGGUAAUCAAAGAUAAGUGAACUCAAUAUUACAGGUGUUUUAA